AUGGCUGCUGCUGCUGCUCGAUCCAAAGUUGUGAAUGUGCUCAAGGUGCUUCAAUCAGGUGCUGGUAGUUGCCCUUGUCACUCGCACGCCCACUCGCAUAACCACUUGCCUACCACCAAGUCCUUCAACAGCCUUUUGAGCUAUGGCCGUAACUUCGCUAGUGCUAACGAAUCCACCGAUUAUGCUUUCGAGAUGGCUGCUAGUAACAUCCGUUUUGGCCCUGGCGUUACCAGUGAAAUCGGUAUGGAUUUGAACAACCUCAAGGCCAAAAAGGUGGCCGUGUACACAGAUAGCACUAUUGCCCAAUUGCGUCCGCUUCAAGCUGUAGUUGAGUCGUUGGAAAAGAAUGGUGUCAACUUUGUGGUCUAUGACACUGUACGUGUUGAGCCCACUGAUGGCAGUUUCAAGAAGGCUAUCGACUUUGCUCGUGAACACAGCCCUGAUGCAUUCGUUGCAGUGGGUGGUGGUUCGGUUAUGGAUACCGCCAAAGCUGCCAACUUGUAUGCAUCUCAUCCAGAGGCCGACUUUUUGGACUUUGUGAAUGCUCCCAUUGGCAAGGGCCUUCCCCCUACUUUGCCUGUUAAGCCCAUGAUUGCUGUGCCCACUACUGCUGGUACCGGUUCUGAGACCACUGGCACUGCCAUCUUUGAUUAUGAACCCCUUCACACUAAGACUGGUAUUGCUCAUCGUGCUUUGAAGCCUUACCUUGGUAUCGUGGAUCCUCUCAAUACCCGCAGCAUGCCUGCUCAAGUUCACGCUUCAAGUGGUUUGGACGUGUUGUGUCACGCCCUUGAAUCUUACACUGCCCUUCCUUACAAUGAACGUUCUCCUCGUCCCUCCAACCCUAUUUUGCGUCCUGCUUAUCAAGGCUCCAACCCCAUCAGUGAUGUAUGGUCAUUGCAUGCUUUGAAGAUGGUUGUCAAAUACCUUCCUCGUGUGUACAAGGAUCCUCAAGACCAUGAAGCUCAAUCCCAAAUGUUGCUCGCCUCUACUUUUGCUGGUAUCGGCUUCGGUAAUGCAGGUGUCCAUUUGUGUCACGGCUUAAGUUACCCCAUUAGCGGUUUGAACAAGAAUUACCGACACCCUGGUUACAAGGUUGAUCAUCCUUUGGUUCCUCAUGGUGUCUCUGUAUCCCUCACCGCUCCUUCGGUGUUCCGUUUCACCUCCAACGCUUGCCCUGAUCGUCACAUUGAUGCCGCAGCUGCCUUCGGUGCCGAUCCUGCCCACAUUAAGCCAUCCAUGGCUGGUGAUGUCCUUGCUGAAAAAUUGACCCACUUCCUUGAGGAACUCGAUGUGCCAAAUGGUUUGAAGGGUCUUGGUUUUGAUAGCUCUAUGAUUCCUCAACUUGUCGAAGGCGCUUUGCCCCAGCACCGUGUCACCAAGCUUGCACCUACCCGUGAGCCUGCUGCUGAGCAGUUGGCAACCAUCUUUGAAAAGUCCAUGACUAACUACUAA